UCAAGCGUCACUUCCGGUUACAUUUUGACAGCAAAACACUGCACAUUUUAGCUAAACGAAACUCUGAUCCUCGUUAUAUGUUAAUUUUAAGACGUUUUGUGUUUUAUGCUCCACAUUUAUUAGUCAAUUUUACUUGUGUGGCGGAAUUGACAGUGUUCAGAAAGAGAUCAGUCUUCUGCUUCUAGCAAAAGAUGAAAGUUCCUAGUGGUGAAAAUGAGGUGGUGGAGGAAGCCAGUAGCAGUUCAACAUCAGUAGACAACUCCAACAACGAGGAGAUUCCUCCUUAUCUACGUGAAGAACCUCCUGAAGACAGAGAGAAGGACCACCCUAAGACCGAGGCGGGGGUAAUCUGGAGGGUGACCGGCGGUCUCUUCAACAUGACCAGAGGGGCGGUCGGAGCGACAUGGGGAGGCGUGGCCUGGGUGGGCUGUAAGAGCUAUGACAUCACCAAGACGGUGGUGACCAGUGUGCCGGCCGCCGGCGUGGGAUUGGUCAAGGGAAGCGUUUCCAUGGUGACGGGAGGAGUGGGGGCGGUAGGGUCUGCUGUAGCCAGUAAAGUUACACCAAAGAAAAAGGACAAGUCUGAUUAGACCUAGACCCAACUACCACCCCAUUGCUACAGUAUAGUUUAUAAAUGUCUCCCUGUCUCUCUGCUGUGUUUAGGUUCCAUCUGGUUACUAUGGGGAACCAUUCAGAGUUGAAAAAGGCACAAGUAACUUGGAUUUCUGUGUAAAUCAUUCAUUGACGUCAAUGGGCGAUUUGCACGGAAAUCUGAGUUAAGGUUGCGGAUCUCAAGUCAGAAUACUGCCCUAAGGAAGCAUUACAGAGGGGGAUUAUGGGAACGUUGAUUUGUUAGGAUAUAGGAAUUGACCAGAAUGUUGAACUUACUGCCGAGGUACUCUUGAGAGGGAUCUCAUGUCUUUUUGAUUGAUCUGGGUCUGGGUGGGGAAGGGCAUGAUAAUAUGAAGACAAUCCACAACAAUUUGGUAGCGAUUCAGCAAGGGCACAUCUACUCAUUUCUCAAAGGCUUGAGGUUAUUUAAAUUCUUCCAGUUUUACUAUGAAAAGGUAUCUUUACAUUGACAAGUAUUAAAACAAAGUGAAAGGUACUUUACACAACUUAAUUUCAUCAGUUUGACAUCAGUGAUUGGGGAAUACACACCAAACAAUGUGUGUAUGUGAAUAUGCUACAAUAGUCAUUUACAACAUUAACCAUGUCUACACUGUAUUUCUGAACAAUUUUAUGUUAUUUUAAUGGACAAAAAAAAUGCUUUCAAAAACAAGGACAUUUCUAAGUGACCCCAAACUUUUGAACGGUAGUGUAUGUGUUAUAAAAUAUAUAUGUGAAAAAUAGGCAUAUGAUUCCUAUUGAUGCAGACAAAGAAGGUUAGAGGAACCUAGCAGUCUUGCAGUAAAUAUUUUCAUUGUACUGCAGGGUUUUUUUUCAAUGCUUGAUGAGUUGGAGAUGUGGUCAACAAAGUGUGUAAUUGCAUAGAAACGGACAGAACAAGUCAUGGAAAUUAAAUUUUUACGUACAUGUUACAUAUACCAGCAGAUGUCCUGAGCUGUUUAAAUAAAUAAAGCACCAUUUCACCAACAAAGAAACACACAUUUAAAAAUAUAUAUAUAUUUAUAUAGAUAUAUAUAUAUAUUUAACCUGGCAAUUCAGUUAAGAACAAAUUCUUAUUUACAAUGACGGCCUGCCCCCGGCCAAACCCGGACGACGCUGGGCCAAUUGUGCGCCGCCCUAUGGUACUCCCAUUCACGGCCGGUUGUGAUACUGGCUGGAAUCAAACAAGGGUCUGUAGCGACUAGCCACUCGGGAAGCCUUAAAGUUAAGAGAUGGCUGAGUUAUUGAUAAAUCAGGAAAUCCGUGUCCAUUUAAAUAUUUUGUAAAUCCGCUUCACAAUGGCCUAUCAAAGACAUUACCAGGAUGAACCUUGUUAAGUUUCAAGCAUCAUAGUUCAUGCCUACGUCUCAAAUGGCACCCUAUUCCCUUUAUAGUGCACUACUUUUGACCAGCACCCAUAAGGCUGUAAUCCAAAGUAGUGCACUGUACAGUAUAGGGAGUGAGGUGCUAUUUGGGACAUAACCCAUUUCAUUCACGUGUAUGUACUUUACUCAAAUGUAUGUUUAUGUCCCUACAUUUUGCAUUCGAUCAGGGACCGCGGCCCCCCUUUUGUAGGCCCGGGGAUUCAUUUCCAAAAACGGAAAAAGUAAUAAAUAGUAACACAUUUCAAAAAUUUGAACUCAGUCGGGGUCUCAACUUACUGUUGAGAGUAAGAAUAGUAGAAUACACAAGGUGCAAUUUUGAAAUGUGGUUGUGCAUCAGCAGUUUUUGUCUUAUG